GGAACUGCCGGAGUCAUGAAUGCCUCACAGUUUCUCUUCACUCUCACUUUUGUGCUUCUCACUGGAGAGAGCAAUGCUUGGUAUUACAACACCUCCAUCGAACUCAUGACAUAUGAUGAAGCCAGUGCAUAUUGUCAACAGAGGUACACACAUCUGGUGGCAAUUCAGAACAGAGAAGAGAUCAGUUACCUAAACUCCAAUCUGAAAUACUCACCAAGUUAUUACUGGAUCGGAAUCAGAAAAGUCGACAACGUAUGGGUCUGGGUGGGAACCCAAAAGCCUCUGACUGAGGAGGCUAAGAAUUGGGCACCAGGUGAACCGAACAACAAGCAAAGAAAUGAGGACUGUGUAGAAAUCUACAUCAAAAGGCGCAAAGACCCAGGCAUGUGGAAUGACGAGAGAUGUGACAAAAAGAAACUGGCCCUGUGCUACACAGCUUCCUGUACCCCUGCAUCCUGCAGUGGUCAUGGUGAAUGUGUAGAGACCAUCAACAGUUACACUUGCAAGUGCCACCCUGGCUUCCUUGGACCCAACUGUGAGCAAGGUAAGUCUUGCCCUCCACAGAAACACCCUGACCAUGGAAGCCUGAACUGCAUCCGUCCUGUUGGCCUCUUCAGCUCUAAUUCCUCCUGCUCUUUCAGCUGUGAAAGGGUCUACCUGCCCAGCAGCACAGAGACCACCAUGCAGUGUAUGUCCUAUGGAGAAUGGAGUGUGCCUACUCCAGCCUGCCAUAUGGUUGAAUGUGAAGCUUUGACACAUCCUGACAAUGGAGUCAGGAAAUGUUCCUCAAAUUCUGGUAGCUUCCCAUGGAACACGACCUGUACAUUUGACUGUGACGAAGGGUACAGGCGAGUUGGAGCUCAGAAUCUACAGUGUACCUCAUCUGGCUUUUGGGACAAUGAGAAGCCAUCAUGCAAAGUUGUGACCUGUGAUGCCAUCCCUUGGCCUCGGCAUGGCUCUGUGAGAUGCAGCAACUCAACAUCUGGAGAAUUUGCCUUUAAGUCAUGCUGCAACCUCACCUGUAAGCAAGGUUUCAUGUUGGAGGGGCCAGCCCAAGUCGAAUGCAGUGCAGAAGGGCAGUGGACACCACACAUACCAGUGUGCAAAGCAAUAAAAUUUAAUUCACUUUAUAGCAAGGGCAAGAAUGUGACAUACUGUGAAUUUCACUGUGAGAGAGAAGCUACUGAAUAUCUUUGUGGCUUGGUUACCCUAAGACACCUAUUAUAGCCCAAUGCUCACACCUCUGAAUGCCCCUCUCUUCCAGCUGUGAAAUGUGAUGCUGUCCCUCAGCCCCAGAAUGGUACCGUGGAGUGUGCUCAUGCUACUACUGGAAAAUUCACCUACAAGUCCUCAUGUGCCUUUCAAUGCAACAGGGGCUUUAAUUUACAUGGAUCGGCUCAACUUGAAUGCACAUCCCAGGGACUGUGGACCCAGGAGGUGCCCUCCUGCCAAGUGGUACAGUGUUCAACCCUUGAAGUUCCAGGAAAGAUGAACAUGAGCUGCAGCGGGGCAACAGUUUUUGGCACCAUAUGUGAAUUUACAUGUCCCGAUGGAUGGACACUGAAUGGAUCUGCAAUUCUGACGUGUGGUGCCACAGGACACUGGUCUGGGAUGCUGCCUACGUGUGAAGCCCCCACAGGCCCCAACCGGCCCCUGGUAGUUGCACUUUCUAUGGCAGUAACCUCACUCCUAGCAUCGUCCUCAUUUCUCUACUUGUUGCUGAGAUACUUUCGGAAGAAAGCAAAGAAAUUUGUUCCUGCAAGCAGCUGCCAAAGUCUUCAAUCGUUUGGCAACUAUCAAGCACCUGCUCACAUCAUUUAA